AUGAAAAACCAGCAGCACAUGAACAGAAAAACCAUCGAGACCGAAGAUGAAAUUCUGGAAUAUGAAAAGCCAGCCAGCCACCAUCCUGAUAAUGAGACUGAAACCAACUCCUCACCCCUCCCCACCACCACAACACACAUGAGUGUGAAAUGUUGGGUGUGUAGUAAAGCGGGCGGCUUGGUGCACUGCUGUGAUUGGUCGUGCAGCCGAUGGUUCCACGUGACUUGUGCUCUGGCCAAAGGCUGUCACUUCCGCAUCAGCCGCUUCCAAGGAUGCAAGUUCUUUGUCACCUGUAGUGACCACCCUCACACCCACUCCAAGACAUGUGGAAUACAAAUGGGCCAAUGGGUGUGGGCGAGAAAGGACCAGAUAGAUCGCUACCACCGUGGUCAAGUGGUUGGCGUCAGCCAUUGCUUCUACUUCAAUUUCGAGUUUCCCGAUGGCUCCUACACUGAUAUGUUGCGCGAACAAGAUAUUAUCGAAUACGGCAAAAAUGAUAAUAACAGCUACCUGACAACAGGAACUCCCAUGAGAGUCAAAUGGACUGAUGGUGAAGAAUAUAUAGGCACGUAUCAGGGCCACGAAAAAAGGAAUGCUUAUACGGUAAAUAAUUUUAAUGCUCAAACUUAAAUAGAUAAGAUGAAAGAUAAUGCUGU